AAACGCCUGCCAGCUGCUAGGCGUGGACUUGGGACUAAAGGCCAGAAGCUACGGCUUCUAACCAACCACUACAAGGUUUCAAUGUCAAAGUCGGAUGGUCACUUCUUCCAUUACAGUGUUGCUAUAUUUUUUGAAGAUGGACACCCUGUUGAGGUUAAGGGUAUUGGCAGGAGGGUAAUUGACAAGGUUCAACAAACUUACAGUUCUGAAUUGGCAGGGAGACAUUUUGCAUACGAUGGUGAAAAAAGUCUGUUCACUCUUGGUUCUCUUCCACACAAGCAGCAUGAAUUCACUGUUGUCUUGGAGGAUGUCGCGUCAAGCAGAGCUGGAGGAAACGACAGCCCUGGAGGCGGCCCAAGUGAGGGUGAUAGGAAGAGAUUUAAGCGCCCGUACCGGUCCAAAACAUUCAAGGUGGAGAUUAAUUUUGCAACUAAAAUCCCAUUGCAAGCAAUUGCUAAUGCAUUGCGCGGUCAGGAAUCAGAGCAGUUUCAAGAAGCACUUCGAGUUCUGGACAUCGUAUUAAGGCAGCAUGCAGCUAAGCAGGGCUGUCUCCUAGUGCGCCAAUCUUUCUUCCAUGAUGAUGCAAGAAACUUUACUGACUUGGGGGGUGGAGUGCAAGGAUGCCGGGGCUUCCAUUCAAGUUUCAGAGCAACACAAGGGGGUCUAUCCCUGAACAUUGAUGUGUCAACUACAAUGACUGUGAGGCCUGGUCCUGUUGUUGAAUUUUUGAUUGCCAAUCAAAAUGUUAGAGGUCCUUACCAAAUUGAUUGGGUUAAGGCUAAAAGGAUGCUAAAGAAUUUAAGGAUCAAGACCAGCCCUUCUAAUGCAGAGUUCAAAAUUACAGGAUUGAGUGAAAAUUUGUGCAAAGAUCAGAUGUUCUCGAUGAAACAGAGAAGUGGGACAGAUGGGGAUGGUGCCGCUGAUGCAGUUGAAAUGACGGUUUAUGACUAUUUUGUUAAUCAUCGCCGCAUAGAUUUGCAAUAUUCAGCAGAUUUCCCAUGCAUUAAUGUUGGGAGAUCGAAGCGUCCUGUUUACUUUCCUAUUGAGCUUUGUACCUUGUUGUCCUUGCAACGUUAUACAAAGGCCUUGACUGUUUUGCAAAGAGCCUCUCUUGUUGAGAAAUCCAGGCAGAAGCCCAAUGAACGGAUUAGAGUCCUAACUGAUGCAUUAAGAACUAAUAACUAUGAGGCAGACCCAAUGCUUCGGUCCUCUGGAAUUUCAAUUAGUUCUCAGCUUACUGAAAUUGAAGGCCGUGUCUUGCCUGCCCCAAGGUUAAAAUUGGGCAAUGGAGAGGACUUUGCCCCUCGAAAUGGGCGCUGGAACUUCAACAACAAGAAAUUAGUUGAACCGACAAAGAUUGAACGGUGGGCAGUUGUUAAUUUCUCUGCCCGGUGUGAUCUUAACAAUCUGUGUAGAGAUCUAGUCAAAUGCGGAUCAAUGAAGGGAAUUAGCAUAAGUCCUCCAUAUGAAGUCUUUGAAGAACAUCCUUCAUCUCGCCGUAUGCCAGCUCCAGCUAGAGUGGACAAGAUGCUUGAAAUUAUAAAAGCAAAGCUCCCUGGUGCACCCCAGCUUAUUCUUUGUCUUCUCCCAGAGAGGAAGAACUCUGAUAUCUAUGGACCAUGGAAGAGGAGGAAUCUUUCUGAUCUUGGAGUUGUAACUCAGUGCAUUGCUCCAACAAGAGUGAAUGAUCAAUACCUUACAAAUGUGCUAUUGAAAAUCAAUGCCAAGCUUGGUGGUAUGAAUUCAUUGUUAUCAGUGGAAUGUAGUCCUUCUAUUCCUCUCGUCUCUCGCACUCCUACCUUAGUCAUUGGGAUGGAUGUGUCACAUGGCUCUCCUGGCCGGUCUGAUAUGCCAUCUAUUGCUGCGGUUGUCAGUUCCAGGCAGUGGCCACUGAUAUCUCGUUAUAGAGCCACUGUGCGCACACAGUCACCAAAGGUUGAAAUGAUCGAUUCUCUAUUUAAGCGCGUUUCUGAUACUGAAGACCAAGGCAUAAUUCGGGAGGCAUUAGUGGAUUUCUAUCUAAGUUCAGGGCAAAGGAAACCUGAGCAGAUAAUCAUUUUCAGGGAUGGAGUCAGCGAGUCACAAUUCAACCAAGUCUUGAAUGUUGAAUUGGAUCAAAUUAUUGAGGCCUGCAAAUUUCUCGAUGAUAAAUGGUCUCCAAAAUUCACUUUGAUUGUUGCACAAAAAAAUCAUCACACAAAGUUCUUCCAAGCUUCAUCCCCUGAUAAUGUGCCCCCUGGGACUGUCAUUGACAGUAAAGUUUGCCAUCCAAGAAGUAAUGAUUUCUAUAUGUGUGCGCAUGCUGGGAUGAUUGGCACAACACGGCCUACACAUUAUCAUGUUUUAUUUGAUGAGCUUGGCUUCUCAGCAGAUGAUUUGCAAGAGCUUGUGCAUUCACUGUCUUACGUGUACCAAAGAAGCACCACAGCUAUUUCAAUAGUUGCCCCAAUAUGUUAUGCCCACUUGGCUGCAAGCCAGUUAUUACAGUUUGUUAAGUUUGAUGAAUUGUCAGAGUCAUCCUCUAGCCAUGGUGGGUUAACAGCAGUUGGCACUGUUCCAGUUCCAGAGUUGCCACAGCUGCAUCAAAAUGUGCGUAGCUCUAUGUUCUUCUGUUAGUAUCUGCACUUUAUUAGCUUGGAGAAUUUUGCAUGUGCAGGAAGCAUAGCUAGCAGCAAUUAAUUGAUAGGCAGUGGUAGGUUUAGCUCAGUUUUGGAAAUUCCUUGUGCUUGGGAAUUUUAACUUACUUCCUGGUUCUUUUCAAAUUUGAGGAAAUUUAUCAAUGUUUCCCCUAGCAUUCUUUUAGAUUUUCUAUUGCCUAUUUUAUGGUUAACAUACUAAAUUCAUAGUAAAUUAAUCCCAAGUUUUUUCCCCCAAA